AGUAAUGUCAAUUCUAGGAAAAUGUUUAGAAAGGAGUGAUGCAAAGUGAAAAUGGUAAAUAUUGUCUCUAGCGUGUUACAGCAAGAUACUGUGGAAGACAGCAUGAAGAACGGGGUUGGCACAUGUCAGACAGAAAAACAUCCGCUUGGACAAGGAGAAGACCGAGGCUUCAGUUGGGAUUCUGAUGACGAUGGGUCACAAUCGACCAAAGAUGCCAACGGAGAAGGAUCGUACAGCGAUGCUGAUGGUGAUGCUGACUGGGAUGAGGAGGGAAGCUGCCCCCUGGUUAGUGGGAGUCCGGUCACCAUUAGGGUGGAGCCUGAAAUAAUGAGUGCAGAUGGAGAAGAAUUCAUCUGGGAUCCUGAAGAAGAUGUAUCGCCACCCCACCAAUCCCCUACGUCGUCCUCCGGCAGCGGCAUGUCCUACGGUUGCGGCUGCUGCGGGCAGCAGUUUGCGCACCUGCGCCAGCUGAUGGAGCACAUGGCGCAGCACGCGCCGCCGCACAGCCAGGCGGGGGCGGUCGCCGUCUCCGUAUCGCACCAGCUCUCGCAGGCCACCACCUCCGAGCAGCCGCGCUACACCGUCACGCAGCCGGUGCAGCCGCCCCCGCUGUCUGCACUGCCUGUCGCCAGGCCGGUGAUACCGCGGCCCGCUGCCACCGUCGUCCCACCCCAGGAGUUCGGAUUUGCUUGUGUGCUGUGUGGAAAGGUGUUUGCACGGCAGGGUCACCUGGCCAUGCAUUGUCGACUCGGGCAUGGUGUCCAACCUUCCAAAGGGUGGGGACUGAAAGUGGCACCAAGCACUUUCAUGCAACAGGUACGGGCGAAGGACGUCGAGCGACCGUUCGAGUGCCAGCUCUGCCAAAAACGUUUUGUGCGGAAACACCACCUACAGGCUCACCUGCGUUCGCACAGUGGUAUCAAGCCGUUUAAUUGUCCAUUGUGUGGCAAGGCUCUGAGUAGCAAGCAGAGUGUUGGGAUACACUUGCGUCAGCACGAGCCGGUGCCGCCAGUGUCACGUCAACACCAGCCGAUACUGCCAGUGCCCGCUUCGCGUCCCCAGUGAUGUAGCCACGCCAUCUCUGCGGAUGUCCUCGCGAGAGUCUAUGUGAUCGCCAACUGGAGGGUCCAGCCUCCAGAGUACGGAGACAAUGGUUCCGUUUAGUUUGGUGGGUCGACUGCCGGACGCAUGAGAAUGUAAAAUAUUAUUUUGUCGUGUGGAAUGUGACUGUGCACGCAGUUUUACUGGGUGUAUGCAUACCUCUAAGUGUCUGCAACUAGUAUAAUGUCAGAUGGUGUACCAUUGGUCAAACUGAGCUAUUAGUUUCCAUGGGUGAGCUGUGAUAUCUUUGUGCAUGUGUGUAUAAGAAUGUAUGCAUUCGCUAGUAAUGUUCAGAAAUAGUGUUCCUAUACAGAUACAGACUAGAUAAGCCAUUUAUAAGCAAUAUGUCUCGGGUAACGGUGGCUGCUUUUUUAAUUUCCUACGCAAAGAAUUUCUUGUGUGUCCACAUUUUAGUUUUGAUAUUUGUGGAGACUACACUAUUUGUGGCUAAUUUUAGCAAUUACAUGAUUACAAGAGACUCUGCAGAACAGUGAAAUAUUGCGUGCUUAAAAGAUUUGUAGAAUGUUUCCUUACCUUUAAGUAGCGUACUACCUUUGUUUCGGAAUCCACUCAAAUUUAAUGAGAAAUAUGUGGAAAAUUUAUUCAUCUAUACGACAGCAACUCUUGUUUGCUUCCUCAGUUUCUAUUGCCUUUGUGCUUUGAACUUGUUACUUUCUCACAAAUUCCAACUUCACACAAAUGAGGAUUUUGACAAUGUAACAUGAUGAUUAGUUCAGUUGAAGACUUGUACCAAAGAACAAAAAGCCUUCAUAUCUUGCAUUAGUGGACUCUAGCAUUAUAGUUUGAAUAAAUUAAUUCUGUGAUUGAUAAAUGUUAGCAGCAGUUGGCUGAUACCUGACCCCUACACUUGAUUCGGCUAAAAUGAUUCAGUACUCUCCAUGCCAGAUAUUGCAAGCAAGGUCGCAACUCUCAACUCCUUAAAUUUCUGUCAAGGUUUUGUUUUCUAGUGGGUCAGAAUAAAUAUUUGUAGAAAAGAUGGAAUAAGCAGGAUGUUGAAUAAUAUUACACUCUUUAAAAAAAAAAAAAAAAAAAAAAAAAUCAAUUGCACUCGGAUUGAUGACCGUCUGGGUCUGCCGAGCUCAGUUGGCAAGUGGGGUACACUCAGCCCUUCUGAGAUCACUUGAGGUGCUACUUGAUUGAGAAAUAGUGGCUCCUGUCAUGAAAACAGCAAUGGCCAGUAGAACACUGCGCUGACCACAUGCCCCUGCAUAUCUGCACCCAGUGAUCCCUAACAGUUGAGGAUGACGCGGCGGUUGGUCAGUACUGUUGGGCCUUCCGAGGCCUAUAUGAGCGGAUUUUAGUUUAGUUUGUUUUUGAGUAUUAUACUGGAUUCUUACAAGGGGUCUUUACAGAUUGACCCUCUUUGAUUUUCUUCAUAUAAAUAUGAUUUAAAGGUAAGUGCCUUGAGUAUCAAUUUCCUAAAUCAGUAUAGCACACUUGGCAAAACAAAUAGAAAAAAUUGAGCUUGAAGGUUAUUGCCUACUGUCAAGUACAAAAAAUUUGGAGCUUUUUCAACAGAGCUGUGUAUAUUUCUAGUCUUUUAAUUGUUAGGUUGCCAGUUCUAUUUUUGUUAGGGGGCAACUUUAUCCUUUUGUUUGAAUUCUGCUAUAUAUUUUUAUCAAAUUGAAAUGUUAAUUAACAAGUAUUGAACCAUAAUUUUUUAUAAAAAUAACAUUUCUUUUAUUUUUAAUCCCUAAUCACAUGGAAAUGGGGGUAUUUGUAAUUAAUUAUAAUUUAGUACAAAAAUGUGAAGUGUGUUGGCAAAUGAAAAAAUUUCAUGUCAGUAAUAGUUUUUAAUUUGUUUGUGUUCAUUCAUAACCUCUAGAAAUGAAAAGUGUGACAUAGUGAUUUAGGAAAUGAAACAAUGGAAAAUCAUGUUUGGAAUAAUGUCAGUAUUAUGAAAAGGGUAGAUUGCUAUUCACCAUACAGGGGAGAUGUUGAGUUGCAGGUAGGUACAACAAAAAGACUGUCUAAAAGUAAGCUUACAAUAUUUUUGUUAUGCCUAUAGGUGAGUCAUAUCUCCACUUUAUGGUGAGUAGCAAGCUAUCCUUUUCAUGGUUUAGGAAAUUGAUAUCCAGGCAUUGACCUUGAAAUCCAGAAAAUUAAAAAUGACUGGCUCAUAAGGUGUCCUAGUAUGUCUAAACUUUGACUUGCAGAGUAUGAAGUACCAAGGUCAUUAUUUCUUUUGGCAAAAUGAAGGCAGAACAGAGGAAAACUAAUCCUGUUUACAUCUACAACAUGUUGAAUUUUUGUAAUUUUGCAACUUUUUGUUGGGGGAGGAAUAUCUCGAUGGACAAGCUUUCAGAAAACAGAUUUACUUCUGUUUUGUAAUGGACUGUUAAUAUUCUGCUUCAGUUGAUGAUGCUGGUCAAAGUUAUGGAGUAAACUGCAAUUUUGAAGACCCAUUUGUGGAGUGAAAUUUUAUUGUUAUGAGAAAGGCCAGAAAGCCUGAAAAAGAGAGGAAGCUAACUACUGAUGGCCACAGGUCUUUUUUGUGAAACAAUGAAUACAUUUUUGUAUUUUGUGUACCAUUUUGCCUCAAAUAAGAUUCGGGUAAUUUGGGUGCUACCACCUUCAACCUUGUUGAGUGUGCACUUUCAUUGCUUACAACUCAUACAUGACAUGUUUAAUUAUAUUUUUACCAAAUCAGUUAUUUUUAACUGGAACACUUUUUAAAGUUAGUGGUGGACUAGAAUAGUGUGUCAGGUAGCGAUUCAAGCCCUUGCAUUUCACAGACAGUGUUUAAAAUCAUAAGAUAAAACUGUCAGCAGGGUUCCUGGUCAGCUCAGCUUGUAAAACCAUUACCUGUGAACAGCAAAAGUCUGUGUUAGAGUUCCCAUCAGUGCACACUGUUGUAAUUUGUGAAAAAGUUUCAUUACAGAACACAAUCCUUUUUGUGUUUGAUUCAUGGAGGAUUAAAUUAUUGCAAAUACGGAGUUAUAUAAGUUCAGCGAUGUACAAUAUGAUGAAUAGACCUAAGGUGGUGGUAUGCAUAUAGAGAGAAAAACAAAAUCUAUUAGUAUCAAAGUAGGUGUUGAAAGUGGUAAUUUAAGCUUAAGGUGUCACUGAGUAAAAAUCAAGGAAAGUUUUUGGAGUACACCUUGCAACAUCACACUAAAGAUACCAUGGUGAUAUAUUGGAGCUAGAACUCUUAUUGGGCGAAAAAAAUUAACUGAUAGAACUUAAACAUCAAAUUAAAUGCAAAGCAAAAAGCAAAUGAAACAAGGAUCCAAAAAUUUGAAUAUAAGAAAGUGAACUAAAGACAGGGAAAUGGGAAAAUAACAAAGAUAGAAAGGAUGCAUUUCAGACAACCUAAAAGAGGCUAGGUAUGUAAAUGAUAAAGAACAAGUGGCAACCAAAUUACCUAAUAAUGUGAAAAGUAUGAUGAUGCUUUUAAUCAUAUUAGCUAUAAUUAUGAAACUAAACUUUGCCCUUGUAUACUGUGUCAUAAUGUAGAAAUAAUUUGUCCAUUUGGAUACAGCAGCUGUAAUAUCAAAAUUUGUUGCAGGUGACUAUGACUGAAUUCUAAAUUUUAUUGUGAGCCACAAUAUAUUUCUCUGACGACAGCUUAAAGUAAAAUAAAAUUUUAGAAUUAGCUGUGGUGUCCUCUAAUCUUGAUUCAUCUUCUUCCAUAUUUUAUUGUAAUAUAUUUACAGUAGUAGCAAUCUCACUUUUCAUUGCCACAUUCUGAAGUGCAUGUUUGUUCUGAUAUGCAGUGUGAUGCAGUUUCUCUGUGGCAAAGGGGGAGGGGGAAUCAAAAGUAAGCAAGUGUAUGUGAUUCCUGUGACUACUGCCAGUUUCAGUGAAGGUCCUCUGAUGUGUGUGAUCAAACUGUGCUGUAAAAUGUUAAAAACAUUUCUAUGGUUAUUGUAAGUGGCCUUUACCAUGGUGACUGUUUUCAAAACACACCAGUGUAGUGUUUGUUGUGUUGCAGCACAGUCAGUGGAGUUUCAGAUUGUGUUACACACACACACACACACACACACACACACACACACACACAGGAAUGUGUAACUAAUGUGAACAAAAUUCACAAGUUUGUUUAUUUUUCAAUAAGUAAUUAAAAACCCAGCUCCAUUUAUUUCUAUUAUUGCAUAGUCUUCAUUUUAACUCCAAGGUUUAAGUAAUCACACACAGCACAUCAUAAAAUACUGUUCACAAUACAGAUUUAAUGGUGGCAGUGAGAUUUUAAACUGUACACACAAUAGUGUACCUCACAGUUCACUGCAAUAGUAAAAAUAUUCACUUUUCACACUACAAGUUAAACAGGGCAAAUAACAGGUGAGAAAGUUUUAUCUCGUACAGUUGUAGUGAGAUUGCUACUAUCUAUAAACUACCUAGUCUGUAGACUGCCACAGGGGAAAAUAAACAGUGCAAGAUCCACCUUUCGACUGCAGAACUACCCGCUACUGCAACACUUAAAAUUUUUUGUGUUAUUGAAGUUGAAAGUGGCUUAUUGACAUGUACAGUAGUUUAAUAUAGAAUAUUAGCAUAGAUAUGGGAAAAGUGCUACAUCAUCUCUUUUGCCACAGGCGGUAUGUGAUACAGAACCCACUGUAUUCAUCAGGGCUGACAACUUUUCCAGGCUCUGUCAUUCACAACAGGAUAUUCAUUUCACACUUUCUACUGUCCUUGUUUUCCAUAACAAGGGCAGUUAUAUUCUGGAUUCAGUUUGAGUGUGAUCUCCCCCAUCCAGUUCUUUUUCUAGUGGAAUAUUAGCAUGACAGUUAUUGUGUGUACUAACCAGUGCCACUUAGUAUGUAUGUGAAGGUUGAUAAUGUUGAGAAACUCUGAGACAGGUGUAUUUCAUGCAUCACAAUUGUCAAUCUCUCUCUCAAAAGUAUUAUUGUCCUUUACAGAUUUUCAUUGAUAAAUCGACUGUUUCUUAUAUGCCACUUCAGUGAUAGAACACAUCUUGUAGGAAGACUGAUCAAGCAGCUGUUGAUAGGGAUAAGUUUGUGUGAAUGUAAUAUGAUGUUCCUUUCUUCUCGCCCAUGGAAAGAACUGCAGAUUGUCAUCAUGCACAUGCAAAUCUUAAUUUAGAUUGCCGAUGCUUGUAAGCAGAGUCUUUCUGUCAAAGAUGUAUCUAGUAUAAGAAUACCUAAUCAGCGAGAUGUUUCUGUCUACAAGUUGGGUUAAAAAUGUUUGAUAACCGUGUUAUGUACAUGCGCUGAUAUGCAUUUUAAUUUCAUGACGUUUUAAAAUACUUUUUGAGGACGUAAGCUGUUCAUCGGUGUAAAAGAGGUGAUGGUGUAUAAUGUACAGUUUCGUGAAAAUGUGUAUUUCUGGUUGUGUUGUUGGCUGGUCAGUACUAUGCAAGUUAACUGGAGUUAGGAAAUUGUGUAACUAUUAAAAAUUGUUUAUUUGUGGAAAAUAUAUUUUCACAGGAGGAUAAUAUCUUUGUUAUUAGUGUGAACCUGUGAGGUGUGGCCUCAGAACUGUAAUAAGUGGAUGUGCCAAUAACUUUUGGCUUUUUUAAAGCAAAUGCUUUGUAGAGAAACUACGGCAACAUCUUUAACUAGGAGCACAAAGGCUUUAAUGUAUAUAAUCAUAACUUUCAUCACCAGCAAUAAUGUGGUUUAAGAUAGCCAUUUUAAGCAGAGCCAUUUUUUGCCUUAAUGCAGACAUUAAUUGCCUUUUGCACUGUACAAUGCAGUGUACUACAAUAUCGUUUAAUUUAAAGCUUUGUAAUAGCAGUUUUCACAGAGGAACAUUUUAUGAAAAUAUAUGUGUACACAAACAUUUUUGAGAUGUCAUAUAUACAUUAAUCUGUUAGAAGUGAAUGGGGGGGGGGGGGG